AUGAACACGAUGAUUGAUAGGAUUAUUCCAUGUAUAUGGAUUACUCCUAUCGAUUGCUACUGGGAGGGUUCAAAACCGUUGGGACCGCAUCCGCCGAUAAAUCUCGGUGAUGAAGUGGGCGCGUUUCUCAGUUCGCUCCCAAAAGGGAACGUCACAUGGAAGAAUCUGAAUCCUACGGCAGUUAUGACUGAAGUCGGACAAUUGUUUGAUAUCGGUCCCAUUGGGAAUUUCUUCGAAAGAGCUGGAAUCGGUGCUGCCUACUUGGAUCGGCCCUGUAUAGAUCCUUUGGAUGCUGAGUGUCCGAAAGGUGCACCAAAUUACUUCGACAGAUGUUCGGCUCUGGAGAAAUUCACCGAAUGGAAUGCGGCAAAAACUGAUUCAGAAAAGGUUGAUGGUCAUUCCAUUAUUAUUUCAUUCUCUAAUAAUCCAUGUUUAUUUUCAUUCCUUGAAAUCAUUUCUUUUCAUCGAGGUCUUCAUUCUUUUCUUUCUUCCGUUUAA